UCCUACUAAAACACCCCGACGUCAGGCUAAAGAAAGGACCUGACUUGGGUCGGAAACAUUUUGGGAUUUCAUGUGUACUUCAAGAAGUCCUCGGAAACAUGUCGGGACAGAGGGGAAACAACUUGUGUUUAACCCACAAACGCACGCUAUCGCUUUUCUCUCUUGUUUUCGUUUUUAUCAGCUCCAUCAACUCUUCUUUAGGCGAGCAGACAGGGCAGCAGGAGGCAGAGACCUACAACAAAUACUACAAUUAUAAGGAACUCACUGACCUUCUCAAAAGACUUGCACAGAAAUACACACACAUCGCAAAUUUGACCAGCGCUGGGAGAUCCGUUGAAGGCAGAGAGCUGUGGGUCAUGAGAAUCACCAAGGACCCCACUGCUGAUGUACCAGGAAAGCCCAAAUUCAAAUACGUGGGCAAUAUGCACGGAGACGAGACCGUGUCCCGACAGGUUCUCAUCUAUCUACUGGAGCACUUGCUGGCGAGAUACGGCGACGACCCCCGGGUCACGGAGCUGGUCAACAGCACGGAUAUUUAUAUCAUGCCGAGCAUGAACCCUGAUGGAUUUGAGAAAUCUGUUGAGGGGGAUUGUGUGGGCAGAGAUGAGGGUCGCUAUAAUGCCAAAAACAUUGACCUCAAUAGAAGUUUUCCGGAUCAGUUUGAAAAUAUACACGUGAAUGCAGAAGAUAUCCCUGAAUGCACUGCUGUCAUGAGGUGGAUACUGGAGAACAAAUUUGUCCUCUCUGGGAAUCUACAUGGUGGUACCGUGGUGGCCAGUUAUCCUUAUGAUGACUCCGCAUCCCAUGAUCUUGAGGGCACCUAUAGCAGGUCUCCUGAUGAUGAUCUUUUCAGAUACUUGGCACGGGUUUACGCAGAGAAUAACCCUGUCAUGAAUACAGGCCAUCCGACAUGUCAGGAAAACUUAAGUGAGACCUUCCAGAAAGGCAUUACGAAUGGAGCAAAGUGGUAUGAUGUGCCAGGGGGAAUGCAGGAUUACAAUUACUUGAAGGGGAACUGCUUAGAAAUCACAAUGGAGCUCAGCUGCUGCAAGUAUCCACCCUCAUCACAACUAAAAACGGAAUGGGACAACAAUCGGGAGGCCUUGCUUGCCUACAUGGAGAAGAUUCAUAUUGGAGUACGUGGCUUUGUCAGUGCAGCCAGGAAUGGAUCCCCUCUUGCAGAUGCAGUGAUAAUGGUGUCAGGCAUUAAUCACAAUGUGAGCACUGCACGCUUUGGUGACUACUAUCGGCUGCUGCUGCCUGGCACCUACAACAUCACAGCCUUAGCCCCUGGCUACACUCCCAUGUCUGUGGUUGGGGUGGAGGUGAAAGAGGGCAAAGCCACUGAAUUGAACUUCACCCUUGUGGCUGAUAUUGAUGAGAAUCCAACCAACCCCUCAAUCCCAGAAUCCUACACUGCCACCUCUGUUAACAGCGCCAGCACAGACAGCAGAAUUACUGGUGUGAGUGGUGACAGUCCAGGAGAAACAGACGAAGAGAAGAGUUCCAGGCUUACGGUCCAGCCCCAGGACUUCCGUCAUCACCACAACAGCGACAUGGAGCUGUUUCUGCAGAAGUUCAGCUCUGAAUACAGCUUCAUCACACGGCUGUAUUCUAUCGGCAAGUCCAUGCAGGGGCGUCUCCUGUGGGUCAUGGAGAUCUCCGACAACCCUGGUGUCCAUGAGUUAGGUGAACCAGAGUUUAAGUAUAUUGGAAACAUGCACGGAAAUGAAGUGGUUGGUCGGGAACUGCUUCUCAACCUCAUAGAGUACCUGUGCCGUAACUAUGGAAGCGACCCUGAGGUCACCCAGCUAGUCAACUCAACGCGAAUCCAUAUCAUGCCUUCCAUGAACCCGGAUGGUUACGAAGUAUCCCAAGAAGGAGAUAUCAGCGGCACCCAGGGGCGAAACAACUCUAACAAUUUUGACCUGAACCGCAACUUUCCUGACCGGUUCAGUCUUAUUACAGAUCCCAGACAGCCAGAGACCAAUGCAGUCAUGAACUGGUCAAAGAGCUACCCAUUUGUGCUGUCUGCCAACCUUCAUGGAGGCUCUUUGGUGGUGAACUAUCCAUUUGACGACAAUCGAGAGGAUUCUAUCGGAUACAGCAAGUCUACAGAUGAUGCAGUGUUUAGGAUGGUGGCUCUCGCUUACUCUCAGGAAAACUCUCAAAUGCAUGACGGUCACCCCUGUAAGGAAAUUGAUCCAUACCCAGAGUAUUUUCAAGAUGGAAUCACCAAUGGUGCUGCGUGGUACAAUGUUCAUGGAGGGAUGCAGGACUGGAAUUAUUUGAACACUAACUGCUUUGAGAUAACCAUUGAAUUGGGCUGUUAUAAGUACCCUCCAGCAGCAGACCUGCCAAAGUACUGGGAGCAAAACCGUCACUCACUUCUGCAGUUCAUCCAUCAGGUCCACCGUGGAGUCAAAGGAAUGGUGAUUGACAGCAAAGAUGGGUCUGGCAUCCCCAAUGCGACCAUCACCGUGGACACAAUCGAUCACCCCAUCACAUCCAAUAUUGCAGGGGACUACUGGCGCUUACUCGUGCCAGGACCAUACCGCCUGACUGCCUCUGCCCAAGGCUACACCUCAGUUAGUACCUAUGCCUCUGUGCCUGAAGAUGGAAUCGAGAUUCUUAAUUUCACACUGACCCGGAUUCACAGCAGCGUGAAUGGUUGGACAACAGAAGACGCCACCCCAGUACAGGAUCCCAAUGUGAAGGAGUUCCAGAGCCUCAUCAAGCAGCUGUCAGGAGAAUCAGGUCUAGACGAGCUGAUCAGGAACACUCCCACCCAGAGCAGCUUCCGCUACAGGAGAUACAGCGAAGUUUCUGAGUUUCUGCGUGGUCUAACCUUAAACUUCCCAGAAAUUACCUCACUUCGCAGUCUUGGUCAGAGUGUUGAGUUUAGAACUAUCUGGGCUCUGGAGCUGUCCAACAACCCCAAAGUCCAAGAACCAUCUGAGCCCAAGAUCCGGUUUGUGGCUGGCAUCCAUGGCAAUGCCCCAGUGGGCACUGAGCUGCUUCUAGAGUUUGCUGCCAGUCUCUGCAUCAACUAUGGCAAGAAUGCAGCCAUCACCAGGCUAAUAAAUGAAACCAGAAUUGUCAUCCUGCCCAGCAUCAACCCAGAUGGGCGUGAACUGGCAAAAGAGAAUGACUGCUCCUCCACUGCUGGCAUGACCAACGUGCACGGCAUGGACCUAGAUAAUGACUUCUUUGGUAAUGCAUCACAACGAGCAGCGGAGCCUCAGCCUGAAACACGUGCUGUAAUGGACCUGAUACAAGAAAGAGGCUUCACUCUUUCUGUGGCUCUGGAUGGAGGCUCUUUAUUGGUCACAUAUCCAUAUGACAAACCAGUGCAAUCUGUGGAAAAUGAGGAUACAUUGAGAUAUUUGGCUACUGAGUAUGCCAGUCACCAUCCCACAAUGCACUUGGGCAGUACUGGAUGUCCAAACAGCAGCCCAGUGGGCAGUAUUCCUGAUGGUGUACUCCGAGCAGCUGAGUGGCAUAGUCACAUGGGCAGCAUGAAGGACUUCAGUGUGGAUUUUGGUCACUGUCCCGAGAUCACUGUCUACACCAGCUGCUGCUUGUUCCCAUCGGCUGAAAUGCUGCCCACGCUCUGGGCCGAGAACAGGAAGUCUCUGCUGAGCAUGCUGGUGGAGGUGCACAAAGGGGUUCGUGGAGUAGUCAAGGAUAAGAGUGGUAAGCCCAUCGUGGGUGCUAUGAUAGUGUUGAACGGUGGUGUGCGGGUUUUCACCAGUGAGGGAGGAUACUUCCAUGCGCUUCUGGCUCCAGGUUUGCACAACAUUGAAGCAGUGGCUGACGGCUACCAGCAGCAAUCCCAGAAGGUUUCUGUGUCCCCAUUUGAAGCAGCAAGUUCCAUUAUCAUUGAGUUUGGCAUGGAGAAUGAUAUAUUUGGCCUUCCAAGAGAAUUAGUAGUGGCAAGUGCAGCUGCAGCAAUGACGGCCCUGGUCAUCACAGCUUGCAUCAUCUGGUGCGUUUGCUCAGCCAAGUCAAACAGACAAAAGGACGGAUUCCAUCGGCUACGACAGCAUCGAGACGACUAUGAUGAUGAGAUCCGUCUCACAUCUAUGGGCUCCAAAAAGUCUCUUCUGAGCCACGAAUUUCAAGAUGAGAGUGAAAGCGAUGAGGACACACUAUACACCAACAAACUUUGAAGUCAUGUUGGUGCUCCCUCUUCUGCCCUGAAUCUGUCCACUGCCCGCAGGGCCACUAGAGGGCGCUCGCCUCAACAGCCAGCAUCAUAACCGUCCAAACCAUCUUAAAACCCUGAAAACCACCAUGAGAUGCACUUUAAUUCCCUUUUUAAAUCAGGCAACCAUUUUCACCAUAGUGUUUUCAACUCAACCUGCUCUCAACCAGCCUGGUUAUUCAUGUGGGUCUAUAUUAUGCGAGUCCUCCCACACUUUAAAUUGGAAGCUGAACAGCUAGAGUCCAUCAAUGCAUAAAUCUCAACAGGAUUAUGAAACAAUGUGCCUUGUUAGGUUGGCUGUCGUAUAUUGGCUGCUGUGAGAUUUUGUAGUGUAAAUUGAAUUUUGCUCAUUUUUGCUUGGAUUUGAGUCAACAUUAAUCGAUCCGUCUCGAUAUCUGUUUUUCCAGAUUCAUUGACAUUGACAGUUUUGUUUUGUUGCGGAUUGCCAUGUGACUCCUGUUCUCUUUAUCUGCUGUCAUUCAUAGCCAGCUGAAUGGUUCAAAACAUUUAACAUUAUGCUGAGUUUUUCAUUCAAUUGAAGGGUUAGUUCACCCCAAAAUUCUGUCAUUAUUAACCCUCAUGUGAGACGUAUGACUUUAGUUUCUACUGUGGAACACAAAAUCUAAUUUUAUGCAAAAUGUAAGCCUCAGUCACCAUUCACUUUCAUUGCAUCUUUUUUCCAACUACAAUAAAAGUGAAUGGUGACUGAGGCUGGAACGAUAUAAGGGGUGGGUAUAUGAUUUUAUCAUCAUGACAGAUUUUUCAUUUAUAGAUGAACAAUCCCUUUAAGUUAUUCCAUUCAGGCAUGCAUAUGUUUCUCACAGUGGCCCAGCGUUAAACGUCUCAGACUGUGAGGUUUAAGGUUUGCCAAGCAUGCCAACAGCUUUUCAAACAUGCAAAAUGUUGAUACUUUAUACAUUAAGCAAUCCCUUAUUACCGGCACAUAUAGAUAAUGUGUUGUAUAUGUUGACAGAAAACAUGCUCGUUAAUUGCCUCUCAAUUCCUCUAAAGUUAUUUUGACUUUCAGGGAUAUGCUGAAACAUUAAUGUCCCCGGUAUGGGGUCAUUAUGUCUGGAUUUUGUCUUUAAUGUGCACUUUUUAAAAUGUUGUCCCUAUUCCAUGAAUUUUUAGUAAUAUAUUUAUUUUAUUUUUAACAUCCAUCCAGUGCAAAAUGUAUUUUGCUCAUUGGCUUUCAAGCAUCCAAAAUGAUUGGAACAAAUAAGUGCUGUAAAAACUUUUGAUGUUGGCAUGCAUUAAUGUUGUGUGCAAUUCAGGAAACGCAAAGAGAUGAAACCUACAUUGUUGUGUAUGUUUAUGCAUCAGUAAAGUUGGAACGUGCUUUAUGUCUGCAUUCCAUAAAGCUCACAGUUGCCUGUUUGAUAGGAACACCAAUCAUCAUUUGGGAACAUGCACAUCUCACAUAUCGUUUUUGGUUUCCUCGUGUUGUUUGCACUACAGUAAGUUUCUUGUAUGUAAGGAUGAGACUUUGUUGAGUGUGUCAAAAUGGUGUUACAGUGCAAUCUGAAACCAGAAGAGCAACCUGUAAGUACUGUAAACUGUGUGCUGCUGGGUUUUCAAUCCGGUUUGUUUCUUUCAAAUUGCUAAACGUUUGAUGAAACGCUUUGAUUUUUUUCUCCCCUCUUAAAGUUAAAUAUAAUGAUUGUGAUAUAGAAGUUUAUGCUUUGACCUCAUACUUUUACUAGGGAAAAGCAAGAAACACCCCAUUAAACUGGUAUCAAAUCUAAAAUGGAUAGUUUUCAUAAAAUUGAAAAUUCAUUUCCUCAGACUCAUGUUGUUCCAAACACAAAUUACUCCUGUGGAACUUGAAAGGAGAUGCAAUGAAAGUGAAUGGUGGCUGAGGCUGUCAGUUUUAACAUUCUGCCUUUUAGAAAAAAAGAUGUGUGUGAUGAAUUGGCAGAGCUUUCAUUUGGGGAUGAACUAUCCCUUAAAUGCUAGAUUUACAUUUUUUAUAUCAUGUUUGUACCAGUUUGAUAAGUCAAAUGAUAAAACUGGGAGAAUUGUGUUUGUAUGAUUUGAUUAGUCCUUGAUUCCACUACCAAUCAGGGUUUGGCUAAAUGUUGAUUGUCUUGCUUGAAUGUAAAUUCCUGGUAUGUUGAAACAAAUAUGUAUAACUUUUGUAUGUGUGUGCUAAUUGUUUAUUUUUUCCCCCCUUUUUAUACAAUAAUGAUUGUAGAUAUUGUUGCCAACUACAUGUAAAUUACACAAGUGCAAUUUCUAUCAAGAGUGAGAAAAAUGCACAAAGAAACUUUUGGUUUAUGUUGUAUUAAAGAAAUUAAUUGUGUCUAAUGAAAUGAGAUGUAAAUAAAACAGAAAGGGUUUGUUCUAAAUAUUAUAUGAUCUUUUUUUUUCAUGUAUGAUUUUUCAGCUACCUCGGUUUUUAUGCGGUUUCCAAAUUUCUUUAAAAGACAGAUCUAUGGCAAAAUAAGAAACUACAACUGGGAUGAAUUGUUGAUGUGCUUCGAUACAACCAAGUUAGAGAAUGCAAAGCGAUGAUAAGAUUUAUGUCUAUAGGGUUAGAAAUUCUUAAAAUGCCUCACAAAUUUAGGAAACGUAAUCUGAAAGAAAACCAAUGCAUUUACGUCAUCCUCAAAAUAAAAUUUGGUUUGU